CCACACAUCAUCAUCAUCGCAACCAAUCAACGGCGUCGAUGCCGACAUCGUCGUCUUCUUCGAGUGCAAGCGCGGGCGUCGCUGGAGGCAGUCGUGCUCCUCGACCUCCGACGACCGCGAGCAGCAGCAGUAGCGCAGGCGGAGGCAGCAGCGGCGGCCAUCGAUCGACAACGGCAAAUGGCGGGCCGCGUCCUGCCUCAUCGACCUCAUCCGUAUCGACGAGCAGCAAGCCCGCGGCGUCAAGAGACGCAAAGUCUGCGUCGAACCUUUCAUCGAAACGCUCCGUAGCCUCAUCAGCCUCAUCGCGACCAGCUGCUCCAAAAGUACAAGUCAGACAGCCAACGUCUGCCGGGGCGGCUACGGGCGGAGCAGGGCGACCGGGCAGUGCCUCUUCCUCUUCGGCCCCUCCCGGUGCUCAGCAACGCGCCUUGAAAGCAAAAGCGUCCACCUCCUCUCUCUCGACCGCUCGUGACGAUACAACGAUGAAGCGAGUCCCUCGACCACAGCAGAGCGCAGCUGCCGGCCCAUCUAAAACGCCUGGUAACGGCACCGCAGCUGGCUCAGCAGGCGUUUCUGCCUCCUCAUCAUCUCGCCAGCCGGUGCGAGGCAAUCUCAUCUUCCAUCAGCUCAAAGCUGACGUACUGCGAGGCGACGCAUCCGCCUUCUUUCCCCAAUUACCUGACCCCGUGCUAGAUGAGGACGCCCUCCUCGCUCGGCUGGUACGACUCAGCGAGGAUUACCUGCAUCCAGAGGGUCAUGACAUCUGCUCGGCCUCCUUUUACGCCUUUUUGGCGCUCAGUCUUCAGCCGAAUUCUGUACCCGCAAGACGGCUGCGCGCUCGUUGCUUUUUGGACGGUGGUCAAGGCUCCGUGCUCCCUUUCGUGCCAGGACAAGGUAGCAAACGUGCUGGAGCUCUCGCAGCCCUUGCGACGCUCGAAGAGGGCAACAAUGCGGUGUUCGCAGACAUGGAGUGUGCAAAGAUCUGGAGUCAGGCGUGUGUGGUCCUCGACAGACGAGAGGAGGCGGAGCAGGUGCUCAAGUGGUGUCUCGCCUCGCCGGAUGCAUCGACCUCGACGCCAAACAGCCCAGCCUCUCGCUCUGAAGACCCGCCAGAGCUUGUAUCAGCGGUAGCGAGACAACAAGCUGUUUCACUCUGUGAGCUGGGCUUCAUGGCGAAGGAGGGAAGCAGGGCGGAUGAAGCAGAAAAGCACUUUCUCGAGGCUCGAAGCAAGGAUCCGUGGAAUUGGAGAGCGUGGUUGGGAUUGUGCCAGCUCGGCGUGGCUCCACUACCCUUUGCAGCCUUUGUCGACUCCGCGGCAGAUCACGAUGCGGUCGAGUUUCUCGAUCAGGCGAUCAUUGCGCUUGGUGGGACGCCGUCUGCUCUUGAGCCAGCGAUGGCCGCAAUGCCUCCGCCAGAAUCGUCGCAUCAAGUGACCUCAUCAUCGUCGUCACGUCCAGGUAUCCAGCGACCGGGUACCAGACCCACCAGUUCAGCCACGACGACGGCGCCAGCAGCAACCGCGAAGCGCACGAAGAGCGGCGCUUCUCCCAGACCGACCUCAUCAAGCCGCAACAACGCCGAGAGCUCCUCCCAACCGCAACGGCUGCCUGCUUCCGCGAGCGCUACGCCAGCCGUAAUGUCUCGCACUCUCUCGCAAGCCAAGACGAAUGAGCGACCCCCGAGCAGCCUUAGCAACGGGUCAGCAGCGUUGCCUGAGAAGGAAAAGCAGGUCAAUGAUUCGAUGACUGUUACGCGGGAUAGUUUGAGGAGGAGCACGAGAGCGCAAGCCACUCCGGCGACCACGAGACGGAACGCUGCGGCUGGAGCAAGAGGUACGACAGGAACAGCGGCGACCGGUGCUACUCGGACCGGAGCACCGCAGAAAAGUACCGCAGCUACGUCCUCAACGACUUCGUCCGGCAGCCGACCAGCGGGCAGGACAGUCGAUCGCGGCUCUUCGGACAGGGAGUCCACGUCCACUCGUCCCACUUCAGCAACGCAGCGACGACCGCAAUCGAAGCCCAUCUCUGGCCCAGCCUCUGCUUCCACACUCGAGCCCAUCAUCGACGAUGUCGCCGAGUCUAUUCGACAAGCCACUCUCAAGAAGGCGGCAGAGAAAGCAGCUCGCUGGCGUGUAGCGGAUCAGGGAGUGCUCAAGUACCUCCGGCUUGUCGGUGGGGCGUACAAGGACGCGCUGGACUUCAAGGGCGAGAGAGUCUUGCGCGCGUUCUCCUUUCACCCGUCAAGCGAUGCUAGCAGCAGCCAUAGUCUUCCACCCGUUGCACUCGCCUCCCUCCUCUCCACUCCCGAGAUCGGCUGCCUACUCGCCCGCGUACAUCACGACAUGGCCCAAUAUUCCGAGUCUCUCCAGUCCUUCGAGGGCGUUCUCCGCGCCCCUCGCGGCUCGCACGGCAGGCAAUGCUUGCUGGAAAGCAUGGACAUCUACUCUCUCGUCCUCUACCAUCUCAAUCGGCAGUCAACCCUCUCUGCCCUGGCCCAGGACCUCCUCUCCUUCGAUCCAGAUGCAGUUCAAACGCACAUCGCCAUCGGCAACUUGUUCAGCUUGAACGCCUCCCCUUCCAUCGCGCUUCGCUCAUUCCGUCGCGCCUGCCUCUCCGCUCCCCGGUACGCCUACUCCUACACCCUGGCGGGGCACGAGUGCCUCACCUUGAACCAGCCGCUCAAGGCGCUGCGGUACUUCAGGCAGGCGGCCAAGCUGGAAAAGAGACACUGGAACGGCUGGAGCGGGAUUGGAACCGUGCUCUCACUUGAGGGCAAGUGGAGUGAUGCUCGCUUUGCCCUUUCUCGGGCGUGCAGCCUGAACGGGUCAAAUGCAGGGUUGCACGAGGUGUUGGCCGUGGUUCAUGAGAUGCUCGGUGAUCGUCCCGCGGCUCUCGAGAGCUACGAUACUGCGAUGCAGCUCAACCCGAAGGGAGCGAGCGCGGCCUUGAGGAAGGCGGAGCUCCUCUGGGCCUCUGGGAGGCUGGAGAUGGCUCAUGAAGCUUUGCUGAAGGCUGUAGCACUCGCGCCGAAUGAAGCACGCGCACACCUGCUGCUUGCAGAAUCCUUCAUGCGAAAAGGAGGUGGGAGCUUUGCGCCUCUCAGCAAGACGAAGUCAAGCAGCGAGGCGGAUCCUAGCAGCAAGGACGCUAGCGGGGUAGCAGCGGUCGCCAAAGCCGUCGGCGAGCCGGUCGCCCCACGCAAGUACCACGAUGAGAUUGCUCGACAUCUAGCAAUGGCCCUUGAUUUGGAACCUGGGCUCAGUCGUCAGAUUAAGGCAAUGGCGGAAGGAGUGGGAGCGACGUUGCGUGGUCAGAGCGGGGGAGCGGCUGCCGCUGUCGCCGCAAGAGCAGCUGCCGCCGCCAAUGGAGGCGUCGGUCAUGCAGGUGGCAAUCUUGGCCCUGCCAUGGGUCUGCCGGAUCGCAGCGUCGGCUCCUCCUUUUCCGGCAUUGAUGAGUCCCGUCGCUUCUACGAUGAGACUGGAGCAGAAGGGGAGUACUCCUCAGCCGCGUAUGAGAACGGCGUGGCAGGAGCGUCGGAGCUGAUGGAUGAUAGCAUGGGCGUGUUGAGGGAUGAGGAGGGUGCGGAGAGCUACGCGCGUGUAGGUGACGAUGAGGACGACGAGGAGGACGAUGAUGAUGAUGAUGAGGAGGAUGAGGAUGACGACGGGGACGAUGGUGAGGAGGAGGAAGAUGAGGAAGAGGAAGGGGAGGACGCAGAGGAGGAGGAGGAAGACGGCCGCAUGUCAGACCAAGAGUCUGCGGCACACGAUUCUGCCUCAGACGGCGGUGGCGCAGAGGUGCAGGAUAGCCAAAUGGCCGAGCAUGACCACGGAGAUGUGGCCAUGGCUCCCGGAGGGGCCGGUGCAGACGCCAGCGCAGCGAGUGGGGAUGGCGAAGAGGAGAUGAGCCUUGAGUAGCUGCACUCUUUGCCUGACCUGCCGCCUCGCCACUCCCAGCCCCUUCCUUUCUACAUUCAAUUCUCGUCCUUCAUCGACUAUCCCCAGGUCGAGUCUGCGCACAAUACCAUUGCUUCCUAUCGCGACUCUG